AACAAUAGUUGUAUGAAUGUAUCAACUGAAGGUGAACCAAUAUACGCAUUGAAAACUAUGAACAAGGAUGGGUUAUUGAAAAACGUUUUAAAUGUGUCAGCAUUAGAAGUUGUCGAAGAUCCAUAUGAAUUUAAAGAAACCGAUAGUGAAGUUGGUAUCACUAAAGUCAUGAGUAUCAGUGAUUUAAUAGAUAAGUACGAUGUAGUUACUGGAGCUUGUAUUUUGGAUAUUACAGCAGAAGAAAACGUUGAAAAAUCUUAUACAAAUUUGAAAAUCAAUGAAAAUAACAACGUUGAAAACAUUAUUACUAAGGGUAAUUCAAAAUCUCUUUGCAAUAUCGCCGCAGGAAAAAAUGAGGAAUCUCUCAAAGCUUUUGAUGUAAAUGAAAUUGACAAUAUUCAGGAUAUGAGUAAUGAGGGGAAUUCAAAUUCUUCAUAUGAAAACGUAAGUGAUCAAAUCAUUUAAUUUAUGAUAAUGAAUAAUUUUUUGAUUUUUUGCAGAUGACUAUCAACUCGUUUGUGAUUCUGGAGCAGAACAAUAACAGUAUUUUGGAUAUUACAGCAGAAGAGAACUUUAAUAAAUCUUAUGCAAAUUUGAAAAUUAAUGAAAAUAACAACGUUGAAAACAUUAAUACUAAACAUAAUUCAAAAUCUCUUUGCAAUAUCGCCGCAGGAAAAAAUGAGGAAUCUCUCGAAGCUUUUGAUGUAAAUGAAAUUGACAAUAUUCAGGAUAUGAGUAUUGAGGGGAAUUCAAAUUCUUCAUAUGGAAACAUGACUAUCGACUCGUUUGUGAUUCCGGAGCAGAACAAUAAAAGUUUGACAAUUUUAAUUAAUCAACAGUAUCAUGAAAGUGAAUCAUAGACACCUGACGAAGGACCCAUAUUUCAUGAUAAAGAUAAUGAUAAUAUUUCAAUAAGUUUUGAGACCCUUGAUGAUGACAGUAGAGAUAAGGACUUCAAGAUAGACGAUUUUUCAGACAAAACUUCUUCAUCCGCUUCGUCUGUUGAUGAUGAAAUAGACGAUGAUCAUAGCAGUAUCAUUGAAAAUGUUAAAAUAAUUGAAAACAUUAUCAGUGACAAAGAAGAACAAAUUGUAUCAUGUGAAGUUGACACUUGCAAGAUUAAGGGAAAAAAUGAAAAUAAUAAGUCAGCAUGGUGUCCAUUUUGUGAAGACGAUGUUUCAUCGAAAAACUUUGUGAGGCACAUGGAAAGAUCACAUAAAGAGAAACCUGAAAUUAAAAGCAUUCUAAGUUUACCAAGUAAAAGUAAGGAAAGAAGGGCAGCAUUUGACUUAUUUAGAAAAAAAGUAAAUUUUGAUUUAUAUAUCAAUGGAACCACAAGACCGCUCAGACAAACAUCCAACCAAGAUUUGUCAGCCUUUUAUCCAUGCAUUUAUUGCACUGCGAUGAUUAAAAGAAGCUAUUUAGCACGUCAUUCCGCAGUUUGCAGUAAAAGAGGGUAAAAAAUAAAUGGAGAUGGUCAAGCGAUUCAUCGCAAUUAUUUAACAGAGUCGCAAACAUUGACAGCUUGCUCUACAGAUCCAACUAACGUUAUAUCUAGACUGGCAGUGAAAGAACAGGUUUUCGGUAAAAUGAAAGCAGACGAAAUAGCGUUUGAAGCUAAAAAAGAUCUUUUAAUUGUACAGUUUGGUGACAAUUAUUUGAAAGGCCAUAAGAGGGAACGAAAGGAAUAUGCGUGCAGUAAUAGAAUGCGUGAACUUUCGCGUCUUUUGAUUGCCUAUAGGGAAAUAGUCAAUAAUGACAAAGUUUCCUUUAAAGAUAUGCUUAAACCCCAAAAUUUGGAUAAUGUCCUUUCAGCCACACGGCAAAUUUCAGGAUUUAAUCCAUUGAAGCGAGAUUUCAGUGCUCCAAGCUUAGCAAUGCAUAUAGGCACAUAUUUGAAGGACGUAAGUGAUUUGCUUCUACGGUUAAUUUUGAAAAAAAGUUCAGGAUUUACUACUUCAUCUGAAGAAAAAUGUGAGAAAUGGUUAAAAGAAGUAAAGCAUUUUAAAAAUAUUAUUUCAUCUUCGUGGAACAUCGAAAUAUCUUCACUUGCAAACAAAGAUUUGCAAGAGAAACGAUGGAAUAAGCCGUUGCUUGUGCCACUUAUCAGUGAUAUCAAAAAGUUCAGAGACGAGACAAUUAUUUUAGCCAGAGAAUGUGAAGAAAAAUUUCAGAAUUGUCAAGAUGAUGUGGUCACUUACAAAACUUUUGUGCAUUGCGUCUUAGGAUUAGUCAUUCUUUUCAAUCGGAGACGAAUUGGCGAUGUUCAGUACUUGAAACUUCAAAACUACGAAAAGGAAACAAAAUCUAAUUUCACUGAUUUUAGGAAAGCAUUGAGUGACUCGGAAAAUGCCUUAACAACCAGAUAUAAACGCGUCGUUAAUAGCGACAAAGGAUCCAGAGCUGUCGUCAUUUUAGUGCCGGAGUUAUUACAAAAAUUUAUCAAAAUCCUUUUAGAACAGAGAAAAAAAUAUGUUCCUGUUGAAAACGAAUAUGUUUUUGCCAUUCCAAGUAGCAAAAUUCAAUGGGGGCAAGGCGAUGUGGCGAUACGCUUCCUAGUUAAAAAAGUUGAUUUGCAGUUUCCUGAAGCAAUGUCCAGCAACAAAUUUAGGAAGCAAAUAGCAACAGUAGCUCAAAUUCUCAACAUGUCCAAAGAAGAUAGGAAACAAUUUUCAAAAUUCAUGGGACAUACAGAAAAAACACAUGCUGAGUUUUAUGAAUUACCAAUUGAUAUAUAUGAGACAGCGAAAAUUUCCAAGUUAUUGAUGAUGAUGGAAACAGGAUCUCUGCCCGUGGAAUAUCAAGGAAAAUCCUUGACUGAUAUUGAUUUCGAUGAGAAUUUAGAAUACGCUGAAGAAUGUGCCGAAGAAAAGAACGACAAAACAUCCGAGGCAAUCAUCACUGAAACCAGCAUCAGUGAUAGCACCCCGUCAUGCUCUACUCGAGAUCUUAAUGAAGAUUUUCACUCAGAUCUUAAUAGAAAUCUUGAUUCAUCAAAAGUCUCAGCAUCAAAGAAGCAAAAAAUGAAGAAAUCUGUGUGGUCGAAAGAAGAAUUACAAUCAAUAAAUUAUUAUUUUUUGGCAUUCAUCAGAAAAGGAAACUAUCCAUCAUCAAAGGAAAUGAUGUCAUUUAUCAAAGAAACAAAAAGUAGCAGAAAUGUGUCACAAAUAAGAUCUAAGAUACAACACUUAAUUGGGAAAAGCGUCAAAUAGUCUUAAUAUAAAUAAUUUUACAAAAGUAAAAUAUUUUGUCAAAUAGCUAAUUGAUUAAAACCAGAUAUUUUA